CCACUCAUCACACGCCAGUCUUGCAUUCUCGCUUCGAUCUCUCACAACAAAACGUCCUCCUUGGCGAACUCCUAUCUCGUUCACCGCCCACAAUACCUCCAGAUAUAACCGCAAAGAUGCAGUUCAGCACCCUUCUCUCCAUCUCACUCCUCGUCCUGGGCGCCUCAGCUCAGCUCUCGGGGCCCAACGGCAAGCGUUUCUGUGCCGGUGCUGCCAUCUCUUGCCAAUACAAGAAGGGCCGCUGCGCCAACGCCUGCAGAGAUACCGCCAACGACUUCCAGAACGGCAACGCCCCCGUCGCCCCCAUCUACGACACUGUUUGCUCGUGCCCCGAUGGUCAGCCCGGCAACGAGUACACCGGCGCCGCCUGCAUCGAUCUCAUCCGCUGGGCACAGCGUCACAAGUGCUAAAACCUGACGCCACGAUCCG